UGUUGAUGAGUGGUUUGAUGUGUUGGUUAACGGUUUUCAGACUCUUAUUAGUUGAUGUUGGUGUAACCAGUCAACUGAAAUGUGCCGUUGAGCUGUUGAAGUAGAGUAAACUAAGAAAAAAAAUUUCUGCUUCGUUUUCAUCUGUCAGGGACACGUCAAGAUUGCAUUAUGGCAAACUGAAUUAACGCAAAUUUGCUAAUUUUUUAUUUUUUUGUUUGAUUUUUUAAAAAUUUAUUUAUUCUGAAUGCAACAGAUGAACAUAGAACCGCGGAUCUCAUGGAAAACUGACAUUUCAUGUCGAUAAGUAUAGGACUUGCAACAAUUUGUGUAUGUCUGCUUUAAUGCUGAAAAAAUGUUGAUAUUGCUAUUAUUGUGCACAAGGAUUUGUGAUUUCCAGGUACACUUCUGACAGCAAAAUAUUAUCGAAUUUCUCUCACUGGAUGAAAAAGUUGUAUUUUAUUUAAUAUUUAAGAAAUGUUUUACAAGCUAUUACCACGUAUUUACAGACAUCUUAAAAACUUGAUUCUUUAUGCCGUUAACAUGCCAGAUUGAUUUUCUGAAAAAGAAAUGUUUUUAUUUUGCUAGUUGUUUGGCUUUGUCCUUUCUUAUGAAAGGGGAGGUGACAGGUGAUUAGCAAGGUAUCAUCAGGCAAUCACUUUCUACCUUGGCACGUGCUUAUUUGGAUGCUUAAUGACCAGCCCUCUCCCAACCACCACUUCCAGUUUUGCUCGUAACUUGUUAAUUUUUGUUUGUUUGUUUAAUCUUGCUUAUUGUUGAUUUGUUUAUGUUUUGUUUCUUUUUUUAUUUGUGGUUUGGUCUUAUUAUUAGUGGUUUUGUUGUUUAUUUGUGGUCUAUUUCUUUUUUAGGUCAAGUGGCUCGGCAGAUUCUGGUGCUGCUUCUCUCGACAGCAAUUGUCUCCUCCUUUCUCUUCUCUUACGACGAGGACGAGAGCGAGGCUGACGUCGGGGGCGACGAGGGUCAAGGGUCGCCGAGCGACUGGGACGGGCCGUACUCCCGGCAGGCGCGGCUGAUGAUGGCGGCCGCCUACUCUCGCAUCGGACUGCGCUCGUCUCUCGCGGGAUCCCACGACACCUGUCAAGUGGACCCUGUGCGCAUGACCAUCCGCCCGCCACCCAAAUACGCCCGCCUGUGUCAGCCCACCACCACCAUCAGCUACGGGUGCCGCGGAGGAUGUCCCUCCUACACCAGAGUCGAUGACCGGAAUGGCAGCAACAUCCUGCGCUUCUGCAGUUGCUGUAGAGAUGUUGGGUUUGGAUUCCAGCCGGUGAAGAUGACUUGUACAGGCGGCUUUGUGCUGCUGGUCCAUGUCAAGUUUGCUCGGGGGUGUGAGUGUCGGCCAUGCUUUGCCUCACCCUCCACGGUGAACAUGCAGAAGAUCAGGGACCUGCUGCGGGAAACGUCGAUCAGUAUUGGAUAACAGGACUGGUGAUGUCAUUUCCGUUACUUCGGAAAGUUCAACCUCAUUCUGACCAUCUCAUCUCGUCCUAUGUUGUUUGAAGCCAUGGAAAUGAUUUCUGCAAAAUUCUUUAGUUUCGUUUACUAGGGGUGAGAUAAGUCCGAAACAGUGGAAGCUGAUAUAUGAAGAACUUUAUGCUAUCUUUAUACAUUUAGAUGCUGCUCAAUUAGUGGCUGUGGGUGUGGUACAUUUAUUCUCAGUUUUCUUCAUCGGGAAAAUUUAUCCAACAUAUUUUGUUAGUUAGUUACUAAAUAAUACAUAGAAUAGUGUGGAGAAUGUCUAUCUGGCUGUCAUUUCCCAUCCCUACAUUGAUUAUUCAAGCAUUCCGAGGCUUCAAACAUCCAUAGACAGUUUUUUUCAUAAAUUUUACAUGGCCUAUUGUUAUUUUGAAGAACAGUCCGCUUUUUGUUGCACAUCAUAUGGUUUUCAUACAUGAUCUGUACAUAUACAAUAAAGAAUGAAAUAAUAUUUUCGUCAAACUGUCCAGUGCGCUAUUUGGGGGUUAAAGACUUGAGUGAUAGAGUCAGCUUGUGAUCCCAUCAUGACAUGAUUGUUGUUUGUUACAGCAAUAGCAACAUUCGUGAUGACAAAGUGACAAGUUAGUGUUGAUAACAAUAGUUCUCAAAGAAAUCUUUCGGCGUCGUUGGCUGAGUUAAGCGGAGACAAAUGUAACGACCUGUU